AUGUUAUGUUUCAAGUGUAAAUCUUCUCAUAAUGAUAUUGACAAACUUAUUCUUCAUUUUAAAAAUUCACAUAAUUUUAAUAGUAAAUCACCUGUUAGGUGCAAUGAUUGUGGUCAAAUGUUUACACUAUGGUCAAGAUUUAAAAGACAUGUGAUUCGGCACCAUCAGUCUAAUAAUCAGAAUGAUUUAAUUAAUGACAAUGUCAAUUUAGAUGAGUUUAUGAAUAGCACUGGCCCCUUGCCUGUAGAUAGUAAUAUUCCUAUAACAUCAACAGCUCUCAUUAACCUUAAAGUGUCAGAUACUUCUCAAUCCAAUGAGUUUAAAUCCAGUGCAUGUACUGAUACUUAUGUGAAUGAUGAUACAAUAGAGACUCCACACAACAAAUUCAAUUUAGAUUACCAUUUAAAAAAAAAAUAUUAA